AGAUACUCUUUGGGCACUACGGCUGGGUAGUGUAUGCAUUGAAAACGAGUGUUAAUUUCCGUACGGGAGGGUCGUGUGUUUUAUUUUUAAGUUCAUUUUCUCACCUAUUAUGAGCAUUAUUAGUUUCGAAAUUGAAGAAGUCCAGAAAAUCUGUGAAAAUGUUAUACCCAACUCAAAAAUAAUUGCAUGCAACCCAUCGUUGGUGCGCAUUGAUAUUAAGCAAACGAGAAGCCGACAAUUGACAACGUGUAUUCGAUUCCCAGAAAAAUAUCCUGAGCAAAGUCUACUAAUUGAGCUGAAAAGUAAAACAUUGUGCGACAAAUUUCUGGAUGGAUUAACUACUCUUGCAGAGCAGAAAGCGAAGGAACUUCAGGGAAAACCACAGAUAAUUAAUACCUUAAAAUUUAUCUCACAAUACCUCCAAGAAAAUCCACUCUGUAUAGUUCUGGAUGAGAUUAUUGCUCUAAGGAAACUUUUGAGUUCCGAGACAGGUGACCUGAAACUAAAGCAGAAGAAUUCAACGAUAUCAUUAACUGCCCGAGGUGGCAACUAUUACUUUAAAAUCAAAACCGAAAUACCUGAAGAAUAUCCGGAAAAAUGUGUAAAAUGGCAAAACUACGAAAGCAAUCUUCCUGCUGUACUCGUACGUUUUUUAAAUGGACAAGGGAAAGAAAUAGCCAGACAAUGUGUGGAACCUCCUUUAGCACAGCCGAGGAACAAAAAACUUGAACAAUUCCAACCUAGUCCUAGUUUGCUGAAGGCAAUGACAUUUAUCAUAGAAGCUACAAGAGAAUUUUGUACGGAGGUUUGCCCGAUUUGCAAUGAAUACGUUCUACCACGUCUUGCAGAGGACAUUGUGGCAAAUGAGCAAGAUGAUAGCUUCGUAGAGAGAGUAUACUGCGGUCACUUAUUCCAUCAGGGUUGUUUAAAAAAGUAUGUCAAUGAACCACCAUUCCCACCAGGAGGUAAAACAUGUCCCGCUACGAAAUCUCAUCCUCGUUCGGACGCUAAACACCUGAGGGUUAACAACAGUAGCGGUAGUAACAGUGCACCAAAAUCGAAUACAUCGAUUGCAAAUAAGAAGACUUGUGGGAUUCGUUUGGCACAUGAUAGAUGGGUUGUUAAUGUAAAAGUUGCGGAAUCGCGCUGGGCUCAAAAACAAGCAAGAGAACGAGAGUUGGAGGAAGUUGUCGAUUUCUUACAGUGAUAAACUCUGUGUUUAUUCAUUUUACAAUUGUGUAGAAUACAAAUUACCGGAGCAAAAGAUGCUACAAAAACCUCAAUCAAUACUACUGGAAUUAUUCUUAUAUUACCAUCCACCACAAAGGCCACUGAAAUUUCUUUCAAUGUAAUAUACAACAUUGCUCGUU